AGGGCUGGGCGUGCUCCCGCGCGCCAUGGCGGCGCUCGGCGCCUACCGCUGUAUCGAGUGCAACGGGGAGGCGACGGAGCUGUACCGGGACUACCAACGCGGCGUGCUCCGUAUCUCCAUCUGCUACCUGGAAAUACUGACACCUUAAGGAAAAAAAACCAGACAACAUUUGUUCCAUAUGAAAUCCUGCCAGAAACCUGUGGAUAAAUACAUUGAGUAUGAUCCUGUUAUCAUCUUGAUUAAUGCUGUUUUAUGCAAAGCACAAGCAUACAGGCACAUUCUUUUCAACACAAAGAUAAAUAUUCAUGGGAAGCUCUGUGUAUUUUGUUUGCUCUGUGAAGCUUAUCUCAGGUGGUUGCAACUACAGGAUUCAAGCCAAAGUACAGAUCCUGAUGACUUAAUCAGAUAUGCCAAAGAAUGGGAUUUUUAUAGAAUGUUUGGCAUAGCUUCUUUAGAACAAACUUCAUUUUUCAUUGGCAUUUUCAUUACCUUGUGGUGGAUGACACCUGAGAUGCUGAAAAGAAAGUCUGACUUCAUCUUACUUCUCAAAGCACUGCUGUUGUCCACCUAUGGAAAGCUCCUGCUAAUUCCAGCUGUUAUUUGGGAGCACGACUACACGCCUUUGUGCCUUGCAUUUAUAAAAGUGUUUGUCUUGAUAUCAAACUCUCAGGCAAUUAGAGUUACACUGAACUUGAACCGAAUACUCCCUUGGUUUGCCAUCUUCUUUGGAUUAAUUUUGGAAAAUGGUGUAGUCUGCUUGUUCCAGAAAAUGGGAUGGGAUGUUUGAAAUGUCAGCGAAGUGAAGAAAUACCAACAACAUGAUGAUAAUUUUCUAAGAGUGAUCUCUGCCAGCAGGCUCCAAAAGCACUGUUUUCAUAGGGAUAAAGAAGGUGAUAGAUAACAAAAAAGCAUUAGAAGUUUGGCUAUUUCCUGUGCUGACCCAUAAAGCUUCAGCCUUAGGUUGUUUAUUUUCCCAUUAAAAAUAUGAAUGUCUCACUAUCCUAACAGUUUUAUAAAUCUGGCUGCAUUGCUGUGGCUGUAAGAAGAAAGGUACACUAAAAAAACCCAGCCCUGCUAGCAAUCAGUGCAUUUUGGCAGAGAGAGGAGGAUGAAUUGUUCCCUUAAGAGGAAGGGAGUCAGUGGAAAAAUGUAAAAGCCAAAAUUUAUAUUUCCGCAAAACCAGAUUUUCAAAGAGAAAAGUGAACAUUUGCAAAUAGUUUAUUAGAGAAAAGGCAAGUAUUCCAGAGUGAAACUACAAUGGGAAAACCAAGCUGCAUUCUCUGGAAUGUUUGUGUAACAGUCCAAAAUAAUAAAAUAUCUAGUUCUAGAGUGAUCUCUAGGAAUGAUAGUUUUAAACUGGCUUGAAAUUUUAGGUGGUCUCAUAAAUACUUGAAAUUUUGUGUGAUCUCAUAAAUGCUGCUUUCUUCUGUAAGCUGAAGAGAGAGUAAAAGGACUGACCCCCAACAUGCAGGGCUGUUCAGGAUACUGCUUCUUCUGUACUUAAGUCACAUCCCCCACACCCAGUCUUCAUCUGGCUGCACAUUUAGUGGAAGCAGAAAUUGAAACAUGAGGCCAUUCAGCAAUAGAGUAGUAGUUUAAAAUAAUCAAACAAACAAACAAAAAUCUGUAGGCCUCAGUUAAUGAAGAAACAUUUGUAGAAGUUCUUCACCUUCUUCCUCAGCAGGCAGAAGGCGAGCUAAGAGGCCCACAAAGGAUCUGACAGAAUCAGUUUCCACAAGACAGUAAAAAGGGCACAAACCGACUUUUGUGCAGACCAGUUUCCAUUCAUUCCAUCCAAUAUUUGACUCUCCUGAUGGAGUUCUGGAAGGCUGUACUGUCCAUAGGGAUUACUUCCAUUCUUUGUUUUCCUCAGAUGAAUCAAAAAACAUUUUGCAACAUCUUCAAGUUAAUUCCCAACAGGUUUAGAGUAAGUCUAGAUUAUGACCACAAAAGACAUCAAAUGUGUUUGUCUGAUGGAACUGCCCAUGCUAUGCAAGUUACUUGAUCAGAAAAGCAAAUGGUUGCUGAUUCUCUGUUAUUAAAUCAAAGGCUGACAGCACUUCUGUUCUUUGUGUUAUACUGCGCAACCUCCUGAGCAUGUCAGAGAAAGCAAAAAACCUCAAUCGCAACAUUUUUGAGGAUGUGAGACUCCUAAUUUGAUUGGUAAUUAUCUAAUUUCUCCAAGUUGAGUCUGUUUUGUCCAUGACAUCAACUGGUGACUAAACUCUCCCCAUCCUUAUCUCAACCCAUGAACCCUUCCUUUUGUUUUCUCUCCAGUGCCUAGCUGGGGAGUGACAGCAGCUUUGGUGAGUAUCUGGCAUCCCAGACUGGCACUGGCACUGGCAGUGGUUUCACUCUAGAGGCUGAGUGGAGCCCAUUUCAAUCUAAUUAAUGCAGGUUAUGAUAUGUAAACAUGAUGCUGUCAGCAGCAAAAUUGUAAAUACUAUGUAUAUAAAUUUUAUUUGAGGACAGUCUUAAAUUAAACUUGAUUUUGAAUUUUUAAAAACUGAUUUCAGGUAUUUUCUGAGAUUAUUUUCAGAACACCUAGAAUGGACACGAACACAUUCUGAAAGAAGCAGUGUUUACCUAUCUGAUAGGUAAACACUGCUGAAUGACAUUCAUUGAUAAUGUAUCAGUUAUGCACUCUGUAAUGCUGCCAGGAGCCACAACUGCCCUUACACGACUUUGAGACAAGAGAAGACAAUGACAAGCUACAGAGCUGUGGAACAAAAGCAGGCGUGGUACAGGGGUACGGGUUCUUGGUCUUCAGAGGUGUCGUUAUUAAUGUAGCAUUACAGCAUUGUUUGGUGUUAAAGUUACUCCUUUACCAAAACUAACAUGACAAAUACACUGAUAUUUCAUAAAUCUAGGGGGAGCUUAAGGACACCCACUGGGGGGCGAGGGGGGGGUAGAUGAGUACAUUUUUUAUGCUUUUGAAAGCAUAUAGUACUUCAGAGAGAAACAAGGCUAUUUUAAGGUUCUGCCUGUUUAAAACCAUCACAUCUCUCUUCCUUUUACUCUUUUUUGUCUUUUGAACUUAUCUUUUUUCUAUAAACUUUUAGUAAUGAAACAGUUGCCUGUGCUGGAAUAUGGAUGGCAAAUAGCCCUUUCUAUGUAUCAUAAUCUGUUUCAUUAAGUUAUAGGAGAGGAUUUAUUUGAGUUAAAAAAAACCAGCAGCCUGGAAGUGAACCUGUUGAGUUUCGCUUGGAAUCAGAAGGGGUAUUGUGGUCCAUGGAGCAAAAUCAGAACUGUGUUGCAUGAAAAGCACAGAGAAACCAGGGGUGUUACUGAGACUUGGAUUGAGCAACAGUGAUUGCACAGUGGGAGCUGGGAACUCCUGUGGGUCCAUAGGCCAUGUAGCAAGUAUUUAGAAAUUAGCAUAUGCAAAAUUGGAGAAUUACAGUAAAGGCUAAGGAGGGUUAAAAGAGAAGGUAGGAGUCUGGCAGAUUUCUACAAGAUUAAGAUGGCAGUAAAAACUAAGGAGAUAGCAUUUCAAGAAAAAUAUGUAAGAAAAUACGCAGUACAGAUGUUUAUGAGUAUCAUGAAGCAAAUAUAAAAACAUCUUACUACCAAGUUUACAAAUGAUGAACAUAAAAGAAGAGUAGUAUUAAUUGCAGACAUUUUUGUAGUAGUCUAAGUGACAGCACAACAUAGCAAAAGAUGUUUUCCAAGCAGUAAAAUCUGUGGGUUUCCCUAGAAACGAUACCAGUAACCUCAUUACUUCAAUGGUUUGCACUACAGCCUUGAAAAUACACUUUUAAAAGGAAGAAUUAGUAAUUGUACAGUGAUAGAAUUAGUCACUGAACAGGAAGAGCUGUGCAACAGCAGAGCUACUCCCUCCAUUCUGCAUUAGUGCGUGCUGCAUUAGGCUUUGCUGGUGCAAGCGCUACCACCCUUGUGCCCUCCUGCACAUACAGACAAGGGAGCCCUUUCUUCCACACAAGUCCUAUCUCAGAGGCAUAUAAGCUGCCAUUUGUUACCCCAGUCUUCACCAAACUGAAAGUAAAGCAGGACAUCUGUACUGGAAAACUAUUAGCUGAUUUCUCAUAAAACAAGCAGGCCCUUGUUUCUCAGGGGCUUGCCUGCUUUUGCAUUCCUUGAGCACUCCCCAGCCAAGUGGUGUUAAGCACUGCAGUGCCAAUCUGGAGUUGAUGAAAAAACCACUGUUGAUUUCAAAACUGGAAGAAACACACAGACACUGUUACAUAUGUGUUCUUUGAUUAACUUUUGUUUUUUAAAAUCACAAAUCCAAGCCUUUAAAAAUGAACAUCCAUCUUCAGUUUGGAGAAAUGUGGGAAUGAAAUUAGUGAUGAAAAACAGAUCACAAAAUAUUUGUUUUGGUGACUUGCUAUCAAGGUCAAUUCAAGAUAUAACCACGAAAGCUAUAAAAUUCAAAUUAUUUCAGGAUGACAUCUCUUAAAAACCUAGAUAGUCCCACAAGCUGGGAUUAUUCUGAAUCUUGUUGAACUCUGCAAAAAUUCAUGUGGCAAGAGAGAGAAUGAAUGUAUUCCUCCACUGCUAAAAAUCAAUAGGAUUUUUGCUUAUGAAGUAAUUUGAAACUCAGGUUUCUGCACUUAAAAUUUGCAGGAAAUUGUAUAUAACAAGAUUCCCAUUUUCUCUCCUGCCUCUUAGCUGUUCUGACCUUCUUAGUCUUUCCAGUAAUGCUUACUGUAUUACUGAGGUGGCAAGAAAGAAGAUAUGAACAUAAGGAGCUUCAUAAAAUCUUGAUCUGCUGUCCUAAAUUUGUAAAACUUUUUUGAGCUCUCUGUAGACAAAUGAUAGGUCUGCAAAGCAGCUAGGGAAUACUGCUAGUGAUGUUUUAAUUGCUUUUCAUUAGAAUAAUAGCUAUUGUUUGGGUUUGUUUGGUUUUUUUCCCCUGGGUAAAAAUGUGGUUUAAAUUUCUUUACAUAGAAGCAUAAGAGUGUGAACUUAAGAGAUUUUACAUCUGCUGGCUGCUGCUGAAAUAAAUCCAGAUGAUCCCUUUGAUUUCUUGCAAUCUGACUGUAAUUCUGAGGACCUUUUUUAGGCAGAAGAACUGUCUUGCUGCACAGAAGUGCGUGCCAUGGCUCUCUGAGCACAGGACUGGGCACCUGAAUUAAGACCUGAAUCCUAAUCCUGGCUCUAAGACCGACCAGUGCUGUGACCUUGAGCAAGUCAUAUACGUGGCUCCAUAAAAUGAUUGUAUCUCCACCAUCACAGGAUUUGGGGAAGCAUUAAUUUGUUCAUGUCUGCUUAGAAAGAUGAAAAGCAUUAAGUCCUUUCAGCUGCAGGUUGUUAGGAGUCAGUCAACACCGUGAAUGUCAGAUAUGAAACAGACAUGCCAGGAGCCAGAGGAUGUGAAUAUUAAAGGUGACAUGUUUAAAGUCUUUGUUAUACUAAGGGGAGCUUUAAUUCUGACCCUCGCUGGCAUGCAGUUCUUGAACAUACACAUCUGAAGACUUUUAGGAGUAUAUACAGCAAAUCACUAAUCCCUUAUUAUGAUUUUGAAGUUAUUGCAGCUGUUGUGUGCCAAAAUAAAUCUGAAAUUAGUUAAAAAAUGAGCAAAGGGAACUCGCACAUUAGCUGAUCUUACUUUUAGCUAUCUAAAAGAAAAAAUAAGGUGUUUUAUUUGACAGUUUGAGACUUUGAGGUAGAAAGCACGGGUACAUUUUGCAGAAAAAAUACUUCUUAAAAAAAUACUAAAAACCUUUGGUAUCUCUUCAGUAAAUAAAUUCAAUAACAUUGCACAGAUUUAAACAAGAAGACAAGACCUUAACAAUAUAUAAGCACUUCUACUCACCUUGCACUCCUUCCUCAGAACUGCUUAUUCACUCUGUAAGCAUCUGUGGGUGUUACCUUUAUAGUGAUUCCCUGCCAGGCAAGCUGCAACCCAUCUGAUACUGUCAUACAUGCAUCCCUCCUUAACUUUGAUCCUUUCUUUGGUCUCUCACUUCUCUUCCAGAAUAAAGCUUUGGUUCUAACCAUCAAAGCCACAUAUGUAUCAUGUCUUGGCUACAGUAGAGAUAGUCUCUCUUUCUCUCAUAGGGCUACAGCAUUCUUUUGAUCACUGAAAAUCAAAAGCCAACAGAAGUGUAAUAAUAAGUAGGAAGAAAUAAUUUCCCAUUGAGAACAUCCACUGGAUAAUAACAUGCCACAUACCAGCACCAGAAAAAGUGUCUUGGAUUUUGCAGGAUAGGGACCAAAAGAGAAUGUAUUACACUGAGCAUACAUACAGCUUAUAAAUUUGUCCAGAGCAGGAAUCUGUUUCCCUCUAAGGACAUUUAUCCUACUUAGUAGUGUGAAAAUGGCAGAUGGGUUGCAUGGCAAGGAAAACACGCUCCAUCUCUUACUCAUGUUGUCCUAGGAGGGAGCAAAAUGAAAACAAACACGGAUGAUUCAUGAAGAAUUUUUUCAGGAAUGGUGGACAUUAUUUGAACCCUUUUCUUUAGAGAAGCAAAUAAACUUUGCUGUGGAGGAACACAAUGGCAGGUAUUCAUUUCUUUACACCACCACAUGACAAGACUUAGUUUGUACUAGAACUCUCAUCUUUUCAAAUGUAUUUUGCACUUCUUUAAGUGGAUUUUUCCCUAAAAUAGUUUUCUGCUCAACUGAAUUGUGCAAUUUAUGUAAAUGAAGUGUGUGUGUGUGUAGAUGGAAGGAGAGGGAAGGUCAAACCAGUUCCUACAGCCUGUGUGUUAUCUAUGUAUGAAAUGGUGUAGGUUCUGUCUGUUUAAAGGUCCUACAUUGAAAGAAAAGGCCACCAGCAACAAAGGCACCUUCCUCCCACAAUAGUUUGAGUAUUGUGCAACAGAACAGAUUGUAUCAGUUAAAAAAAAAAAAAAGUCAUGUCCCUGACAAAACAGUAUCAGAAGCAUGUAGAGAUCACGUCUCCCUUCUCUCAUUGUUACUCAGCUACUUUUAUGUAACAGAAUGCCAGCAUGGUGAUUCUAAUCUAAUUCAGCUGCACAAGCACUUUGAUUGAAAGUUCAGAGAGGUGUUUUUAAUCCUCUCCAACACGACCUAAUAGAGGAUGGCAAAACAGGAAACCCUCGUGUGCAGAUCCUUCCUCACUAUAAUGGCAGGGUGGAAGGUGCCAUCUGUCAUUUCAUGCCAUUAUAUUGGAAAGUGCUGUCUCUAAACUCCUUGCAGCAGCUGCUCCUGAAGGCUCAGCUCUUUGUCCUGAGCAGGCAGCUGCCUCUGCCACCCCCUCGGGAACAGUUCUGUUUUCACAGAAUCAGACAGGGCUAGAAGUGAUUUCAGAGGUCAUCUGGUCCUUCCGCCAGCCGCUGGGAUGGAUAGGCACUCCUGACAGAUGUUCUCCCUGGCAGGCAGAGAUUCUGGUUCUCAGAGACCAAACCUAAGCUGCCUUUCCUAAAUUAGGAGACCUAUCAGCUCCUACUGCAUGUAGUAGCAGUCUGAUGCCCAGUUGUUUUUCAACUAUGACCAUUUAUUCAAGCAGUAUGAUUUUAUGAAAAUACAAGAUUUUACUUGAGGAAUCCAUUGUGAAGACGGUGGCUUGGUCUGGUCUUUUAGAAAAUUUCUGUCCUUCAAUUUUAUUCUCCAGGUUGCAAGCUUCCUAUUCCGCUACCCCCUGCUUAGCCUUGCUAAACCAGUGACACGAAAAUCCAUCAAAUUCCUUGGCUGCAGGACCAUAAAGCAUUGAAGAUUUAAUUUUAAAUGAACAAGGCAGCCUGCCCCUCUUCGACUCUACUACAGACUCUUUGUAAGGACAUGGGCACUGGGUAACACACCUUUGAGCUGAAACAAAAAUACAGUCAGUGCCUACAAAUGAAAGUAAUUCAGAGAAUGAGAGAAUUAGCAUGGUGCAUUGAGAUCUCUGUUCCUGGAGAAUAAAUGCAUCCCUAUGAACUCUCUCCUGAUCUGCAAAAGAAAUUGUAGUGUAAAUUUUCAUUAGUGGGCACACAUUUUAGCAGAUGCUUAUACAAAUAAAUGUCUGCAAUAAUAAUGAGAUGUGCUUGGCUUCUCUAACACUGAUUGAUGCAUUCUGCCUGUACACACCUGCAUUCAAAAGCACAGAAAAGAGUAUUAUUCUCUUUGAGAAGAAGGAACAUUGAAAGCUUCAAACAGACCUGCAUUUGCAAUAGAAACAGAAAGGACUUUUUGAAUGACUGGCUAGUGAUAAGUGAAAAGUCCUAUUGUGUAACCACACAAAGCACUGGAGACAAGACAAACCUAUUUGCAUAUGAGAACUCAGACCUCAAGCAAACCCUAUAAGAAAACAUAUGCAAAAACUAGAAUUCCUUCUUCCCCACAGAGAUUACUGCAAAUUUCUACUUCUCUCAUUUAUCCUUAAGGGUUAAUCCUGUAUGCAAGCAACUGUGCAACGAUGGUCUCCAAAUAUAUACUAGAACUCUGUUCAUAAAUGUCUUUCCUCUUCUAAAAAUACACACAAAUUAUACAUUGAAUAGGUGCUAUAUAUUCUAUGCUCUCUACAGAUUAUAUGAAUGAUGCAAGGUAUUUAAGGAAAUGUUUCUCCAAUUUGAGCAUCAUGACUAAGUAUCAGUCAGAAAGAGCAAGGGUAUUUUAAAGAUACAAGAUUGUUCAUACAGGACAAAAUUCACAUUGUAACAGAGCUUUGAUAUUCUAAUACUAUGAGAAAUCAAUUUUCUCUCUGAUUUUAUAUACUAUUUUUUUCAGCUGAUUCUGAUAAAAUGUCCUUCCCCUAUACCAAGCUAUUUUAAUAUUUCAGUUGUUUACCUUUAGUGCAACACAAUAUAUAAGAAGUAAUUUUAUUCCACAAUACAACCUUUGAUGUUGUUUAGGAGUAAUGGAACAGGUUAAAAUGUGGUCCUGUUUAAGCUUGUACUUUACCUUUUCAAAACUUCACUUGUUAGCUCACCUGUGCAUGCAAUGUUUGAAUUUUCCAUGAUUCAUGAGGCCUUUCAGUACAAAUAACUAGUGCUUUGUUAAAAUUAAGAUUCAGCUAACUAACGAUACUGUAAAGAGUUGAGAGAAAAAAACCCAACAAAAUGUACUGUCCCUGUCAUCCAGGUGCUUUCAUAACUGAAGAAACAACCUUAUUAUACUGCCUGCUUGUAAAUGAUUUAAAAGGUUCUGCUGUUUGACGAGUCAGAAGAGUUUAAGCAAGAGCUGGUAGGACUCAGACAGGCAACUUUAUUGUUUGUGACAGUGCCUGGUAUCCUGAGCCAAAAGGAGAUCACAAACUCUUACUCAUGUGUCUACCCAGAUAAUCACAGGGACAUUUCUGACCUGUGGAAGAAAUGCUUGUGAUUUCUGAAAGUGAGUAGUUAGCACUGCAAGGAGGAUUGAACUGCUAACAUGAAUUUAAGGCAGUGGUUUGACAUGGAACUGAACUCUCUAUGCACCAACAAUUCCAAACAAUCUGCUUCAGACACUAAAUUCUAACAAUCCAUUAUUUGCAUGGGAUUUCUCCUCUCAUAUUAAACUGAGGAAUUCUGAAAGAUUACAUUCUCUUGAAAACAUUAUCUUAAUAAAGUCUUAGCACAAGUGCAUUUAUAAUCUGUGGCAAAAGUUCAGAGAAGAGACAAAAUAGUCACACGUCUGUGUAUUUCAGUAGCAGAUGGCUUUGCCUUUGUAACUUGCAUACCAACCUUAUCUGAAAAAUGUAAAUUCUACUGCUAAAAGCACAUUCCUCUGAAAUCAUAUGUGGGCUUCAUUACUUAGGGCUGGUUGUUUCCACAUUCAUUUAAUUAAGUUUUGUGAACAGAAUGGAUGAAAGAGAAGGGGCCAAAAACCUAAGGGAAAGAGACUUUUAGAGUGAAUAUUCAUCCCAUUCGAAGUUCCUCUGUUAUUUAAAACCAAAUAACCAAACUCAUUGCUGAGUGAGUCAUCUCAGUGAGAACCCCUUGCAAAUCCUCCUCAUCCCUUACAAGAUGCAAUUGCCCCACAAACUGCAGGUGCCAGUCCAGCACACACCCAGCCUUACCAAGGCUUUAAUCCCUAGAGCACAUCUGGGGUCUGUGCAGUGACCUCUGCUCUUCUGGACCACCUCAGCUCAGGAGAGUGUGUCCCUGUGCACAGAUCCUCCAGGCUCUUUCAGCCAUGACAGAACCUAGUCCUCACAGCAGACCCUGGGUGUUUGUAAAGCUACCUGCAGAGCUGGAGUGCCCAGGAUCAUGGAAUAAGCAGUUAAGAGGCUUUACCACAUAGGGAGCUUGGAAACUCACAGAAAAUGUUAAAAUCAAUAGAAGAUGACUUUGGAAAUAGGAGAAAUAUUUUAACUACUUUGCUAAGAAAACAAACAAGUUAUUUCCUUAGGUCAUGCAGCGUUGUCCAGAGUUAAAUGUAGUAACUUCAAAUAAACCAAAGAUAAUGGAUGGAAAAAUGUACUUCUGAGGAGUUAUUUUCUGAGAAAAUGCAUGUAGUAUAUGAAAAGGAAUAUGAAUCUCAAACUGCUGUGGUAAUGUAUCCUGUACAGGCAGGCAUCACAAAACCAGAGUAAAUUCUUUCAAAGUGGCUGAAGGUCACAGAGCUGUACAUUGGAGAAAAGACCUGUUGUUAGGGUUCCCUUUGGCACAUACCUGAUUAAUCCUUCCAUUUCACAUUCCUGCCCAGCAGCCAGCUGAACAGCAGAGUGGGGGAAUUAGUUUCCUUUGCCCUCAGAGCAAUCUAAUUCCUUAAGGAAAAUGGAUGGCUUUAGCUAGGCAGCUAAAUAAACUCAAAGAAAACAUGUUCUUUUCAGUUAAGCAAAAAUGCAUACCUGCAACAAAUGACUGUCACAUUAAAAAUACAUGACAAGUAGUGCAACCCCAGUCUCUAAAACAGGUCAAAAAAGGACAAUGUGUCAGCAGCAGAACUAAACAAACAUGGGAUUUAAAGAACUCAUGUCCCAGGACCUCAGCAUCUCUUCCAAACUAUGCCAAACUCUCACCUCCAGAAAGUCUUCCAUUCCUCCACACUGCUCUUCCGCUCUUCCCUUCUAGCAUCCCACUGAAGGCACACCUGGGAGUUUCCCAGAGCCCCUUGGAUGUGUACACAAUUUCCAUCCUCACUCCCUAAAAGAUGUGCUGAGACUCACCUCCUUCCCACUGCCCCCCUGGCACCCAGCAGAGCAGUGCCCCAGCUACUGCAGAGCUGCCAGCAGCUGCAUGACCACCCAGCUUUUGCCUUCUGACAGCCGGGUGGCCAAACUGAAGCCAAAAGGGGAAUUAGACCUGUGAUCCUGUCCAAGGAAGAAGCAGUUAAAUCUCUCUCUCUCCUCCUCCAGCUCCAAAUUCUUACAAGCUUUCUAAGAACAGACCAACUUCUGUCCUAUCAGCUCUAGUUCAUAGCAAGCAGACUGAUGGAAAAUGCCUGGACAGAUUUACUGCAUAUGCUUUGUUUCCUUAGGAUGAAGGCUACAUGUGACAAAAAACCAUAGGCUUGUAAAUAAGUAUGAAGUGGAUCAAUUAUAAGCACUGUGGGGGCUUUGCUACUCUCUUAAUUGCAUUUAAAAUUUGCAAACUGUCUUAUUUACAAUAAAUUGUAAACAUAAUUUUUUUAAAUUAUGAUGGCUUUUAUAUGGCUUUUAGAAGCCAUAUAAAAUGACUGGUUACCUAUGUUUAGGAACUAAAUCAAUUACAAAUACUAUAGAAAUUUUUGCCUAAUUCUCCUGUUUCCAAUUUCAUGACUACACCAAAUACUAAAGCCUCAACUUUAGCAAGCAUCUAAACUAUGCAUAAACUGAGAGCAGUUUUGCCCCACCUUUAUUGGAAAAUUUUCUUUGAAGCAACACUCAUGCUUUUUACAAAUUAUUCUAAUGAUUGUGUACUGCAUUUCAGGGCAUCAAUGCAGUACCUUUUAGUACUACAUUUGUAGUGUGUAUUUGAAUAUCUCCUUUAUCUUAGUAUGCAGCUGUUCCACAGUCUUGGAAAUAACAAACAGCAAUUCUGAUUUUAGGAGAAGAUCCCUGCUUUGAAGUAAAUCCACACUAAAGUCAGUAGCACUGACAGUGACUUCACCAGGAGCUGAAGCUGAACAUAAACGCUCAUCUGUUAUAUUAGCCCUAGUGUCAGUCACCCAUUACUUUUUGGCACCUGCUUUCUCCAAAGCAGAGCACUCCUUCCAGACUCUUCUCUUUUUGUAGACUAAGGAAAUUUCCAGGGAACUAAACAGUAAUGUAAUUAUGACAGUAUGACUCUGCAGUUGUCAUAGCAAUGGAAUGAGGGUGAUGUGCCGUUGAAGUAAAAAUAAAACUUCAAGUACAGCUAGUGGAGAACUAACAAUUAUUUCUAACUGCUUUACCACAUUUACAGGCCCUUUGGAGAAAGGCCAUUGAAGUCACACAGUGUGGAUUGCCUUCUGAACUGCUGUACUCAGAGUUUUCCACCUCUGGGCAGCAGGAGCCUGACUGUUGUUGCUUCCUUGUAAACCUGUCUUUUCCUGGGCCUGCUCAUUACUGUGUGUGCUAUGUGGGACUGGAAAAGUUCCACAGUGCUUGCUGGGUAGAGAAGUUUCCAAGGGUUUCUUUCAUUGUGUCCUUAAAAGGUGCCCUUAAAAACUCAGGAGUUGAGAUGAACUGGGGUUAUGGAGUCAAAAUGGGAAAGCUGUGCUGGGACGUGGUUUGGACCACGGGUAGGAAGCUUUUGUAGUAACAUGACUCUGUUCCAUGGUGUGCGCACCAAACUCGGACUGAAGCUGCUGUAGCAACUACUCAGUAUUUAAGCUACACUUUCAUACCAAGCACCUCUCUUUCAGAGCAAUUUCCCUGCUUCAUGCUGUUGUAACGUGGUAAAGAGAUACAGCUCACAACUGCAACUCCAGGCAUAGAAAUCAGCCUCUGAAACAACUGCUUAUUGCUUAUUAUUUCAAAACCUUCUUCUGGCUAGCCAGCCCUUGUGGCAUUUGAGUUUUCCUUAGAAACACAGACUAUAACUUCUCUCCCAUGCAAUGGGAUGGUGUUAUUAAAAGGGGCAGGGUGAUGAAAACUUAGCAAGUCCUUAUAAUCCAUCCUGUUUUUCAGUCCAAAUUUUGUGGAGUAAUGCUUUAGGACAUUUAUUCUUCCCUUGGUACAGAGAAUACCAGCCAAAUGUUCCAUGUUGCCUAAAUCAUGAGCAUGAUUAGAAAUAUGAAUCAUGAGCAUGAUUAGAAAUAUAAAUCAUGUUGCUUUUUAAUUUAUGUAAGAGAAAGUACUGUGAAUUUUGCUGAAGUCAUUCUCAUCACCAAGACUAUUAAGGAAUGGCACUGUCUAAAGAUCUGUAAAACAGAAUCAUUAAUUUUAGUGGUAGAAAACAGGAUUUUCUCCUGAAUUCAAAACCAAAUAAAAUCCAAUUAAGACAGAGAAGCAGGAAAUUCCAUUCCAAAUAGAGGUUGGUGGAACUUUUUCCAACGUAAUUCAAAAAUUGCUUUCUUCAGUCCAGGGUGAUGACUAGUCCUAGUUUUCUUAUGGGAGGGUUGGGAAGGGGAAUAGGGUUUGUAGUCACUGAAAAGGUAAAUUAAAAUACACACAACAUUAGAAAGUUAUGCUAAACAUCAUGCUUUUUAUUUUUGGGGAAAGAGCAAGAAAAUAGCAGUACUUCAGCAGACUAGAAAAAGCCUCAUGUAAAUACGAAAAGCACAGCAAAUUAUACUAAAAGCUUAUACAUUCUUAAGUCAAAGCAUAAAGUUGCAUGUAAAUAUGUGUGUGUAUAUAUAUUUAUACAUGUAUACACACAUAGGCACACAACUUUUAAGUACAGAUAUAACUAUCUGAAUUAUCUGUGUUUUCCUUAUCAUUCAGUUUAGUUUUGUGUGAGUGAAGCAAUUUGACCAGAAUUAACAUUUAAAAAAAUAUCCAACCACUGCCACAGACUAGAUUAAGAACUUAAACACAUACACAAUUACAGCACAGUCUUUACUCUUGUGGCCUUUGAAUUCCACUAAAAUAAGCCAGUUUUAGAGGGAACACACCCUGGAAGUCUCUUGGCUUUUAUCACUGAAACAUCCUAGCCUUUGUUAAAAACUAAGAGAGGAGCUACCCCAGAAUGUCAUCUCCAGUUCUUCCUGCAAACUGCAUGCAUGCCAGACAUGAACCAUGCAAAAACCCUUUGAGGUUUAAGCCCUUAAUUAUUACCUUGUGUCAAGAUUCAGGCACUGUGCUUUACAGCAAUCUUCAGAAUUAAAUUUAAGAAACUAAAAUCGCAUUGGGAGUUGAUUUUACUUAAAAUAGAGGAGGGUGAAAACUCAGAUAGUUGGCAACUCUCAGCUGAUUAAGCAUUUCACACAAUGAAUUAAUAAAAACUUAACCAAGUGCUUUAGUAAGUUCUGAAAACAAAAAUAAGUUAUAUUUCAAAGAACCAGUUAGUAUAAAAAGUUUCAACAUAUGCAAAGUAUGUGCUCAAAAUACUUAUUUCGCAUUUUUAAAAAGAGCUGUCAUCUACCUUACAGCAACAAAGUUCACCCAGUAUAAAAUAUUGCAAUUUGUCCCAUUGUGUCAUAUGAGAGGUUUCCUUAUUCUUCAUAUGAUCAAGAACACUUGCACAAGAGUUCGUGUUAUUCCAAGCCACAUAGUGGCAGACAGACUAUGUUUGAAAAUGUGCUUUUACUAUGCAGUGCAGUAAAAGCUAAGCAAACCAUUUCAGAGCAGCGCUUAGCAGGUCGAAGAGCUAUGUUGAUGCAAGAAAUCCAGAGAAGAGUAUAAAAGUUAAUGCCAAGUGGCAGUACCAAGAAAGUGAAUUAGAUCAACAGAAAUAAAACCCCUGCUGAUAACAUUCACUAUCACAUGUACAGCUUGUAAGCUAGGAAUAAAUUAGCUUAAGGAGAAAAAAAAAAAAUCACUGUGUAAACAAUUCACCCAGUACAAAACUGGAUGCAGCCGGUAAGAGCAGAACUAGCUUAGUAGUGCUGAGGAUGUGCGUGCAUCCAGAUGCCUGUUCAAAAUGCAUUUAUCAAUGCCACUGACCCCCCC